AUUUUAGCCUAAAAAUACCCCUAUAAAACUCACCCAAGUUUCAGUUCAUUCUCAUCCUCAAACCAAGUCUUUCUUUACUACACUUCUUCUUCUUCUGCUUCCUAUAUUUCUUCAAUUUACCAAAUACCAAAUACUGCUAAAAAUGGCAAAUUUACGCAUCGCAAAGUUCAUUACAGAGGUUGCACCACCCCAGUACAUUAGUGUCAUGAGGCAUAGAGCAUCAAAGAUGAUGGAUACAAUUAAUGAGGAGGAAAAAGAUGUUACCUCAAACAAUUGUUUUUCUUCUUCUCCUGGAACACCUACUUCCGCCAGCACUAGUGGUGCUGCGGGAGCAGCGUCUUCUGCCGCUGCUAACUCCCAGUACUUUUCCAGAAGGAUUCAUAGAUCUUUUUCUAUCUUUGAGAGCUGAAUAAUAUUUUCGGUUUCUGGAUAUUGCAUUUUUUUGUCACUAUUUAGUCUCCUGCCAUUCCAAGAAUCAAACCAUCGUCUCUCGUUUCAGUUCUAGAGCAGAAUAUAGAGCACUUGCUAUAGUCACUUGUGAAAUUUCAGCAGCUCUCUUACUUGCUUGCUGAUUAGCAGCAUAUUUUCAUCACUCCAGUUCAGGUUUAUUGUGAUGCAAUUCUGCUAUUCAACUUACAUGUAACCUUGUCUCUCAUGAGAGGUCGAAACAUUGUGAGAUUGAUUGCCAUGAUGUUUGUGAGAGAAACGCUUCUAGGUUAUUCCAUCUUCUACCGACCAUUACUGAUCACCAAGGGCAAUUGGUGACUAGCACAAGAAUAGUGUUAAGUUAUUUUCUUUUGUUUGUAUUAGUUGUUUUUGUUGUUUUGCAUAACAAAUUAGCAUUGUAUAUAUGCUUGGUGUUGUGUAAAGAAAAUAAAUCAAUCAAUUAAUAUAAAAUAUCAAUUUUUUCUAUCAA